UGAACUUUCACACGGAAAAACAGUGGAGUGACUGAAAGCAAGAAACAGAGAUUGAGGGCCAAAGUUUGGCGGCUGCGGAAAACGAAGUAGGGAUCUCGGGGUGUGGACUUUUGCAUUAAUUUAUUUUGCAAUUGGAGAAAAGACAUAUAAAGACCGGAGGAGCAAGGAAGCUUUGCCCCCAUUCUGUUUUUCCCCCCGUUUGGUUGAGAUUUGCGGAGUUGCAAAUAAGUGACGGAGAGAAUGGUGUUGCGGUGCCCAAGCUGAUUCGGAGACUCGGAGUAGUGAGGCGCUCGUAGCCGCUGACUUCAGGUCAGCAGAGCCAGUGGAGUUGGUUCCUGUAUCUCAGCGCACAUACACACACACGCAGUCCAGUAAAGAGGAAGGCACUCCGGACGUGAGCAAAUGAGAGAAAAAAACACACAUCAGAAACCACGACGAUUAAACUGAGUCGGAAACCUGGGGUAAAACCUGAUUUUUGAUACUUCAAUGUCUGAUGUUUUAAUAUUCUUCACACUGGAAAUACUUUGAGCUGCAAGCCAGGCAAAGGGUAACUUCACCAUGCAAAGAUAGCCCCGAUUUGCUACUUUGACACCUAGAAAGCUUGUCCUGAUGUUGACAGUAAUCAUGGAUGAGCGAGAAGCCCUGAAUUCGAUUAUGAAAGAUUUGGUUGCUCUGGGCAAGUGCCGAAGGUUGCUGGAUUAUGACACUAGCAAGAACAAACAGUUUCAAAAUAACAAGGAGAGAAAAGGGCCUGAAGCAAAAGUUUGGGCACCCUGCAUGAAUGAGGUGAGGAUGAAAUUUGAGCAUGAAGGAGAAAAAAGGGUCAUGCAGUUCUCCAGACCAGUAAAGUUAAAAGACAUCCUUCAAAAGGUCAAGGAUGCCUUUGGGCAGCAAAUGGAGUUACACCUUAUUAACAAUGAGCUUCAGACUCCAUUACGAUGCCAGAAUGAAUUGGACAAAGCCAUUGAGCACUUGGACCUAAAUUCUAGUCUGAAGACCUUGAGGAUUUUGGUCCUGCCUCGAAAGAGCAUCCACGUGAAUUGUAAAACUGCAGAGAAGUUGCCAGAGAUUAGGAUAUCCAAGUCUAUGGGAGACUUGUUGGGAUCAUUAUAUAAAGGGAGUGAGCGCCAUCGGAAACUGUCAACAGGUUCCCUGCACACAGGUCGUAGUUCACCUCCACCUGGGAGUGUUCCUGAUGGUCAGCAGCAGUUUGCACGUCAAGGAUCUUACACCAGCAUCAAUAGCGAGGGAGAAUUCAUUCCAGAGACAUUGGAACAAAAUAUGUUGGACCCCUUCAGCAGUGCUGAAGCAUCACUUUCUGGAAGUUGUCAGUCUCUGGACAGAUCGAUAGACAGUCCAUCUUUCAGCCAGUCUGGACUUGCAAGGAGUUAUCCUGAUGAAUGCUUCAACUUUAAAGAUCAAGCUAAACACUCUUAUGAAAGAGCAGGAAAAGGUGGAACGUACCCACGACAGUUUCCAUUUUCAAACCACCGCAAGGACUACAGUGAUGGGAGGAAGACUUUUCCCCGAAGCUUCAUCCAGCAGGAAAAUCUUUUCCAACUAGUUCCUUCCAUUCGGUCACAUAGUACCAAUGGGGACAGUAUGGGGAAUACUUUGCAGUCUGAUGACAACUGGACCAUUCGGUGGAGCAGUGAAGAUAAAAUUACUAAUGCUGUUGUAAAGGAUAACUCAUUAUGGACACCGAGAGCUCCCAUCAACUGGAGACUUGGAAAAUUUCUUGGACGGGGAGCAUUUGGAGAAGUUUACCUGUGCUACGAUGCUGACACGGGUAGAGAACUAGCAGUCAAACAAGUGGCUUUUGAUGCAGAUUGCCAAGAAACAAGCAAGGAAGUCAAUGCUUUGGAAUGUGAAAUUCAGUUAUUAAAGAACCUUCGCCAUGAUAGGAUAGUGCAGUAUUAUGGGUCGCUCCGGGAUUCAAUGGAAAGAAGGUUGUCAAUCUUUGUAGAGUAUAUGCCAGGUGGCUCUGUCAAGGACCAAUUAAAAGCUUAUGGAGCUCUCACUGAGAAUGUCACCCGAAAGUACACCAAACAGAUAUUAGAAGGGGUUUCCUACCUGCACAGCAAUAUGAUUGUACACAGAGAUAUAAAAGGUGCCAACAUAUUGAGGGACUCUGCAGGGAACAUCAAACUGGGUGAUUUUGGGGCCAGCAAGCGUCUACAGACCAUUUGUAUGUCAGGGACGGGGAUUAAGUCAGUAACAGGAACACCCUACUGGAUGAGCCCUGGUAUUAGUGGAGAAGGAUAUGGCAGGAAAGCAGAUGUUUGGAGUGUUGGAUGCACCAUUGUAGAAAUGCUGACCGAGAAGCCUCCAUGGGCGGAGUUUGAAGCCAUGGCAGCCAUCUUCAAAAUUGCCACCCAGCCAACCAAGCCCCAUCUUCCAGACAGUGUCUCAAACUCAUGCCGUGGUUUUCUGAAGCAGAUAUUUGUAGAGGAGAAGCGGAGACCAUCAGCAGAUGAACUUCUGAGACAUGCCUUUGUUCAGUAUAACCCACUGUUUGUUUGAACAGUGUAGUGUUGUUAAACUUCUGAGUAGGACUUUGAAAUGGGUCCUGACUCUUUUAUAGCUCCUUCCAAAAAGAUGAUUUUUAGCACUGUACAUAUUAUUUGUAAACAAAAAAGCACAAAGCCUAACAACAAAUCAAUGCAUUUGCACAUUUUGUUUUCCCCUCCUAUGACAAUCCCACAUCUCUACCAGGUGCUCUAGUGUAUAUGAGGAAUGACAUAGAUAAUGAGAAAGGAAAAGUAAGAAAAUCUGUUAAAUCCUCUGAUAUUGCGCUUGUCUUUGCGCGUUGUCUUGUUCCAGCUUUUCCAGAACAAGACCAUCUCACCUUCCUGAAAUCUAAACAGCAAACGCACAUAGUGCAGUAUAGUCAAAUGAAGUCACAGUGUGACUGACAGAUUAUAUUUUGCCAAAGGAAAGAUUGGUGCCAAAAUGUCCCAGACUCAUCUUCCAUUCCAUGUUUCAAUAUGUCUGUGAAUAAAAGAAUAAUAAUUCAGGGCCUUUGACAUCCUUGCAGCAUAGUUAAUUGAUUUAACAAAAGUGUUAGGCUCUUAAUACUGAAAUGCUCUGAUGCUGAGCCUUUAUCCAUUUUUCUAUUCUACUGUUGACUUGUACAUAUUAUUAACUUUAAAUAUAACUGUUUAUUUGAGAGCCAUUUGUAAAAAAAAUGUAAUCCUCCUUUCACUUGAUCGAUUAAAGGAUCAUUGAAUUGAA